UGAUGUUGCAGCGGCGGGACCGUGCGCCGCAAUGGCAGCCCAUGCUAGCGAGCUGGAAAUAGCAAAGAAAAACCUAACUGAUGCUAUUGGAGAUAAUAUCAAACAUUACUGGGCAAAUCUAAAACUUUGGUUCAAGCAUAAAAUAAGCAAAGAAGAAUUUGAUGUUGAGGCCCGACGGCUUCUUGCGCAGGACAAUGUGCAUAUCCACAAUGAUUUCCUUCUUGCAAUUUUGACGAGAUGUCAAAUUACCGUGUCCACUCCAGAAGGCGGCUCAGUCCAGUGGACAAGUGGUCCUGCCACCAAGCCUGGAAAGCCAAAAGGAAAGAAAAGGUUUUCCUCUGUUCGUCAGAAAUUUGAUCACCGCUUCCAGCCUCACAACCCGCUGACGGCAGCGCAGCCGUUCUGUGCGCGUGAGCCGGGGCAGGGGGUGGAGGAGGAGGAGCUGCGUCUCAGCGCCCAUACGCUACUGCUUCCCUCACGGGGACAGCUGGAGGCACGCAUGAUGGUCACCGCCUUCGAGCUGGGCCUCGACAACGUCGCCGAUGACGCUGUCAGCUCCAUGGUCUGCGCACUGGAGGUCCAUCUGAAGGAUGUCAUCUCUGCCGUGGUCUCCAGGAGGAAGGCUUACCGUCUGCGUGAUGGCCAUUUCCAGUACGCCUUCAGCAGUGACAUCACACCACAGCCAUACUUGAAAAACAGCAUCGCCGCCUAUCAGACAGUAACUGACUGUCCUCCGCCCAGCGCCUCGCUUCCAGUGGGCCCCCCUCCUCAGGUGUCUCCAGAUGACGCGGAGCAGCAGGCAGCCCUCCUACUGGCCUGCUCUGGCCACAGUCUUCCUGCCCCUCUGCCACCAAUAAACAUGUAUGACCUGCUGGAAGCACUGCAGGUCCAUCGUAAGGUCAUGCCCUCGCACACCAUGUACGCCCUGAACAUGGAGCGCAUCCUGUCACGCCUGUGGCACCCCAGCCACGAGGAGCUGGAGCAGGACCGCGUGCACCGGCAGCGGCUGGCUUCCAAGGAAGGCCUGCUGGUCAGCUGAGCACCACCCUCCGCCUCUUGUCACCUGGAAGUCGGACACAUGCAUAACUGUGGCUCUACCAUUCACUGCGGCCUACCGCACCACAUCCCUGGCGAGUUUUACCAGGUGUGUCUGUCUGUUGGACUUUAAAAAGAAAGAAAGAUAAGCCAUGUGAAUGCAUGAAACCGUGCAACACAGAGGCCGUGUGGUCAGUACAGACUGGCUUGUGGGGCAUAGGACAUCCUCACUGUGCCAUUGCAGGAUUUUUUUUUGCUCCCCCAGGGUUUUUUUUGUUUGUUUAAGGUGCCUGGGGGGGUCAAAUCUCAUUUGUGUUCGUUAACUAAAUGUAUUUGCACCUGUUCUUUGUAAAUAUCUUUGUAACUGUUUUGUAGCUAUACAAAUGCCCAUGUUAAAAUAAACUCCUGGAGCAAAAAAAAAAAAAACCUUUCGGGAGUUGGUUUAAUUGGUAGGGUGUUUCAUUCACCACCAUUGUGAGCUUAGCACUUUGAACUAAAUUGAAACGUCUUUAAAUAUAAUUUAUUGUAUUAUUAUU